UGGGCACCUCAUAAACCUAAGAAUGAUGUAUAGAAUGUGAUACAUGGUAACUCAUCUUACCAACAAAAUAAGCCCCUCCCUCUUUCACUAGUAUUUAACAUGAAGGAUUGGGCUAGUACAGCUCACACCUCAGCAAAAGCCAAGACUGGAAUGAUGGGGUGGAUGUGCCGUUGCCUUGUCACCUGCUGGAUGUGGUGUUCUCUUCUCUUCAUACUGAAUGCAGAAGAAGAGCCAGAACUAGGUGGGCCAGAAGAAUGCAACGAUGCUCACUUCAUACCUGGAUACAACCUUGGAGGAGAGGGCUUUGACGUUGUGAAGAUGGAGCGAAAAGGGUCUUUCGUGAUCGACAUGGAGAAGUGGGACAUAGGAAACGGUAGUUGCAGAAUGUAUCAGAACUCAUAUUUGAAGAAUGUAAAGCAGAAGAUACCGGUAGCUGUGAAGUUUUGGAGAACCCUCCCAAAAUGUUCAAAGAAGGUUGGCAGCAUGAUUUAUGACUCCAGUGAAGCUCUCGCGAAAGGUUCUACCUCGUCGAUUUCGAACAACUGGAAAGCUGGACUAGAUGUGCCAAUGACGGCUUCGGUUUCUUUAGGAGGCACUCAUUCCCGUGAAGCAACAUAUGCAUUGGACAAGUCCAAAGAAGACAAGUACAGUUUCACCAAGCAUGUUGUCAAAUGCAGCUUCUACAGCUACAAAAUAGCAUCUUCACCACCACUGCAUCAGGAGUUUCUUCAGGCUGUUAAGUCUCUUCCACCAGAAUAUAAUAAAGAAUCUUAUCAGGAAAUAAUUGACCUGUUUGGCACACACUAUACCAAAGGAGUGAAUUUAGGUGGGAGGAUGAAAGCGGUAACAGCUAUUAGAACCUGUCAAGCAUCAACAAGUGACCUUACCGACACGGCAGUUAAAGACUGUUUGGAUGUGGAGGCAUCGGGUACGUACAACGGUGUCACCCUGAAAGCAGAGGCCCACCACUGUCAAGAGCUAAAGAAGAGACUGAACACAAAGGAGAAAUUCAGCUCAAUGUUUAAUGAGCGACAGACAGACAUCAUUGGAGGCAACAUCAAUGGUGAGGAUAUCCUUUUCUCUCCUACUUCACAUCCAAAUGCAUUAAAUGCUUGGCUGGAAUCUCUGAAGACCAUCCCAGAUGUGGUAAUGUACUCUCUUCAACCCCUGCACUCCGUGCUGGAUAACAAGCACCCUGCUAAGAAAGGACUCAAGAAAGCAAUUGAGACGUAUAUCCUUGAAAAUGGUUUAAAAAAUGUUUGCUCUGAGUCUUGUAAGAUUGGGCAUCACACUAAUCCAAGGGAUCGCUGUGCCUGUAACUGUGAAACAAGUCAGGUUAUUACGGCCAACUGCUGUCCUGCUAAAAAAAAUCUAGCCACGCUGAAGGUUUUCAGGCUUAGGGCCAACAAAUUAUACGGAGACAAAUGGACUGAAACUGAUGGCUCGGUUGAAGUAACGUUUGGGAAAACAGUCAGACGCACCGAAGUGAUUACAGAUGACAACAAUCCCCGCUGGAGAGAAACUUUUGAGUAUGGUCCUGUCAAGCUGUCUAUCAGUCAACAGCUCACUUUCAAAGUAUACGACGCAGACUCUUACUGGAACAGUGAUCUUCUUGGAGAGUGCUCCUUUGACCUGAGAAGUGGAGAUGUGACUGAGACAUGUUACUUUGAAUAUGGAACCUUUGUUUUCUCCUAUUCUUUAAUUUGUGCUCCUAGUCUGCAGGGUAAACAAUGUGAAAAUUAUAGUCGUUCUCCAAUGGACGCCAAACUGGCCAAAAUAUUCCGCUCCAGAAACGGCAUUCUGGUGAAAGAUAUGUGGAAACUCCAGGCAGCUCAGAACAACUCCAGUAAGCUCUACUAUAAGAGUGAUUAUCUGUAAAAGCAUAAAAGGUUUAGGUCCAGCAGUUGUUACUGAAACAGCUCAUUUCACUUGUGUGACAAAUCAUACGUUUGUUUUAAUGAAAUACAAUAAUCCUGCUUUGACAUUUGUUUUUAUAAAUGAACCAAUGCUUGCUGCCUUUUUGACUGCUUAAUGAGAUGUACACUGACAUAAUUAAAGC